AUGUACAAGAUAGAAAGAAAGCUUGGUAAAGGUGGACUUGGUCAGGUCUUUGUUGGAAGACGUGUUAGUGGUGGAAAUGAACGUGCAACUGGUUCUGCAGCCAUGGAGGUAGCUCUAAAAUUUGAGCAUAGAAACAGCAAAUGUUGUGGUAGUCACGGAGUUCCAAAAGUGCACUACAAAGGAAAGCAAGGAGACUAUUAUGUGAUGGUUAUGGACAUAUUAGGGCCCAGUUUAUGGGAUGUUUGGAAUUCUUCAGGGCAAACGAUGUCUGCAGAAAUGGUAGCUUGUAUAGCUGUUGAGUCCCUAUCUAUACUAGAGAAGAUGCACUCCAAAGGUUAUGUGCAUGAGGAUGUUAAACCUGAGAACUUUUUACUUGGUCAACCAUCCACACCAAAAGAGAAGAAGUUGUUUCUUGUUGACCUUGGAUUAGCAACAAAAUGGAAAGAUAGCAGCAGUGGACUGCAUGUUGAUUAUGAUCAACGACCUGAUAUGUUUAGAGGAACUGUUCGAUAUGCAAAUGUCCAUGCACAUUUGGGAAGAACUGCUAGCAGAAUAGAUGAUCUUGACUUGCUUAAACAGAAGUUGAUUGCCGAUAUGUCGUUUACCGAAGAUCUCACAAUAUCUUCAUCAAGUAAAUCUAAGUCAUCGUCGUCUUCUUCUUUAGUUGAUGCUUCUGUUUUAUCGUCGAUUCGCAGACCUGUACCCAUGAGACGAUAUUUCCAAGACCGAGGCCUGUUUGGGACUGAAACAACUUCCAUGAUCACAUCUGCUUCACCUUCUUGA